GAAAAUGAGAAUUUAAACUUAGAAUAAAAGAAGUCAUUUUAUAAAUACCAGAAAUAGACAUUUUUACAUAAUUGCUAAGAAAAAUGAGAAAAUCUCCUGUAUUAUUUAAACAGCACAUCGGCUGGCAUUUUUAUAAACAUUGGGUAACUCAAGGGAAACGUAAGCCACUUGAAACGGGGGCCGAAGAAACACUCAAAAGAAGAGGAAUUCGAGUGUUUCAACCAGACGACGUACUAAAGGAAAAACGAGUCUUUGAAAGGGUUGAAGUUAUUGGUUAUAAGGAUGUUCCAGUGCCACUUGAUCAUACACACCCAGAUUGGCAUGAUAGAGCAUUAAUGUCUUACAAAGACCACAAUGUAUUAUUGGAGGGAUUAAACCAAGCCAAGAUUGUUACAAAUUCAAUCGAAAUUGAAACAAAUUUACCAGAAAAAAUUAAGAUAAGUGAAUUGCCCAAAGAUGUGGAUAAAAUAUCGAAAUAUAUUAUUUUUAACUCUCAUUUAUUCGAUGCGGAACAGAAAAAAUUACCAAUAAUAAAAGAUCCAUCUAGACCAGCUUGGAAUUUCCCUAGAACAUACGGGAUUACACAAGAUAGAAGAAAUAAGCUGAUAACACAAAAGUUUCUAAACCUUAUAGAAUCUAUCAGUGAUGGUCAAGUGGUUAAAAAGAGAUACAUUUUUGAAGAUCUACCUUUCUCAUUCCCAUUUGAACGAAAUGACAGUUUAGUUCAACUUGAAUGUUGUAGAAAUGUUAUCCUGUCAUCUAUAAAACCUUUAUCUCCAAUAAGCAAUGAAUCGACUGACAAUUAUGAUUUACCUGAUAUUAGUCCUAUUGAUCCUUUAAUUACUUUUAAUAAAGAACACAUUUAUAAAAUUAAUGAUAUAUAUCCUAUUAAAUCAACUGUAAAAGCGUCCCAUCCACAUACAAUUAUUAUUCAUUUUGAUAAAGAAUUUGUAAAAAAUUUAUACGAGGAAGAAGUGACUGAGCAACAAAUUUUUGGAAGAUCACUUCUUAAAACGUUUACUGUAGCAGCAAGUUAUGCAAGACAGAGAUACGGGAAAGAUGUGAAGAAACUUCCAGAACCAAUUACUCUCCAGUGCGUUCAUACCGAUGGCCAUUUCUUUCACCUCGGUGUCUUUCAGUUAAAUAGCUUGGAUUUACAGAGUACAAGUACAAAAAAUAUUUGGUAUCAAACAUCAUUACAAUAUUUAUUUGACAGUUGUAAAUAUGUCUCUGGAAAACCGGUUUUAGAAGGAUAUAAUAACCAGAUUAUAAGGCAGUUACAUUCUUUAUAUAACAAUGUAUGAAUUAUUAAUUUGUAAGACAAUAGGUUUAAUUAAAAUGCUAGAUAUUGA